GAUUGGUUUGGUUUUGGUUGUAAAUGAGUUGUAUGUAGUUGUAAAUUUUAUUGCUAUAAAUACUUGGCUGCAAAAUUAUGAUUUGGUCUUUUGAAAAAGAUUUAGGUAAUUACUAAUAUAAUUCAAAAUGUCAUUUUUUGAACAAUGAAAGUUGCAGAUAAUUACUGAUAUAAUUCAGAAUGUGAAUUUUUUAAUUGGGAACAAAUUAAAAAUGAAAUCUGUGAUUAUAAAUAACAGUGGAUAUGAAAUCAAAACAUUUUAAGAACAAAAACCUUUGUAUGCCUAGUGAUCUUAUAUUCUUAGAAAAGAAAGAGAGUUUAUUAAAACUCAUAUGGACCCAUAUCACCCAACAAAAAAAAAAGAGAGAGAGCUAGAGAGAUGAAAUCAAACAAAGCGACCUUCUUCUUGGGCUUGUUCCUUGUAUCUGCCUUCUGUAUAAGGUUGAUAGAGAGUAGGUGUUACACAAACGACGAUUGUAAAGACGCGCAACCAUGUCCAGUGCCUCUUGCUUGUCUAUUUGGCAGCUGCAUUUGUCCAUGGAAAAGUCGAUCUAAGUUACCAAUUUGUCAAAUCAUAUGUGCGCAUUUGGAUAAAAGAGCUGGAAAUUCUUAUGAUCAUACUUGUGGUUGCAACUAUAAGUAAAAUAAAAGAAAUAUAAUAACAAUAAAAAUGAUUAAUUAAGUUAAAAAUUUAU